AUGCUGCAGCAGAUCCUGAGGGAGAUGUACAUUGACCCAGAGCUCCUGGCGGAGUUGAAUGAUGAGCAGAAGCACAUCCUCUUCUACAAGAUGAGGGAGGAGCAGCUGCGGCGCUGGCGCGAGAGGGAGGCGAGGGCGGCCAGGGAGGAGGCCGAGGGGGGUAUACGGCCUCCAAAGACAAAGAGAUACACAAACAGUAAACACAUUCAAUGGCUUCAUGGGAUAGAUGGUGAAGUUUGGGUCUGGAUUAUGGGAGAAGCCCCAGGUGACAAGCCAUAUGAACAGAUUUCGGAGGAGCUGAUAGCAGAAAGGGCAAGACGACAGGCCCAGAAGGAGGCCGAGGAACUCUGGAGACAAAAGGAGGCAGAAAUCACAAAGAAAUUCCGUGAUGCUAUGGCAAAUGAGAAGGCUCGGAUCUUGGCAGAGAAAUGGAAAGUAGAGAUGGAAGACCGCAAGGCAGCCAAAGUUCUGGAAGAGAGGAUCCAUGAGGAAUUCAAGAGAAAAGAAGAAGAGGAGAGGAAAAGGGGAGAAAUGCAGAUUCGCCUUCAGGAAGAGCAGAGAGCCAAAGAGUUAUACUGGACCUUGAAGCAAGCCCAGCAGCAGAACCAAGCCAGUGAGAAAGAGGAUCGUGAAUGGGAAGAGCAGUUACGCCGUUCUAAAGCUGCAGAUGAAGAACGGAGACGGAAAGCUCAGAGAGCCCGGGAUGAGUACCGUCGGCACUCACUCCGAGCAAUUCAGAAAGGAACAGUUGCUGGUCUCAGUAACAUGUUCCAAGAAAUUGGCUUGUACAAUGAGCAGGAGGCAAAGCUCAAUAACCACCAUCCUAGCCCCACUCCGCCAAAGUCCCUCCUUGUCCCAGUUAGGGCCUGGGAAAGGCCUCUUCGUCCAGUCUCUAGAAAUGUCAUCAUUCGCUGGUUUAAGGAAGAGCAAUUGCCCCGCCAGGCUGGCUUUGAGAGGAACACCAAAUCCAUUGCCCCUUGGUUUCAUGGAGGAAAUCAUCACGGUAUCAGGUGGAGAGUUACUACAGGAACCCUGUGGACAGAGGGACAACCCACCAGACUAUCACAUGUUAUUUGA